CAUUUUCGAGGUAAUAAAUAUUCCAACCAGGUGAAGAAAUCGCAGUUAGAUUAGAUUUUGGUAAAAUCCGCAGGAGGGAAGAUAAAAAAGAGACGGGUGGAGGGGUGUAGGGUUUGGGAGGCCGAGGCGACGAGAGAGAGAGAGAGGGAGAGAGAGCUGUUCGCUUUCCAUCGCCUCCAGAGAUCGAUUGGCGAAGCCUUCAUCGUCCUUCUCGUCUUCAAUCGUGCGUCUUGAUCAUGGGCAGGGGGAAGUUUAAGGGCAAGCCUACGGGACGCAGGAACUUCUCCACCCCUGAAGAGAUGAUUGCUGGUACCUCAGCUCGUCCUCGCACCUUUAAAGCGGAGGAGGCUGAAGACAAAGAAGAGGAAACUGAAGAGGAAGCUGAAGAUGAUUCUGGAGAAGAGACCGAGAGAAGGAAAGGCAUCGAGGGCAUUAUUCAGAUUGAGAAUCCAAACUUGGUAAAACCAAAGACUACGAAAGCUAGAGAAGCUGAUUUGGAGAAGACAACUGAACUCUCAAGGCGUGAAAGGGAGGAGAUAGAGAAACAAAAAGCUCAUGAGCGGUACAUGAGGCUGCAGGAGCAAGGAAAAACAGAACAAGCUAGAAAGGAUCUAGAACGUCUAACCUUAAUACGACAACAAAGAGCUGAAGCUGCAAAGAAGCGAGAAGAGGAAAAGGCUGCCAAGGAACAGAAGAAGGUCGAAGCUCGCAAGUGAUUGCACCUUCGUCAAGGAAUGAUACUUCUCACCACAAAAAAUUGCUUGUAAAGUCAUCUGAACCAUCUUUGUUGGUCAAGUGCAAAAAAUUUGAUACGUCAGUAUGCUUCAUUUGACUUUCAAUAACUAUGCUUUUUCCACUUGGGCGUCUCUUUAUUAUUUAUCGAGAGCCGAGGGAAACCAAAGUCAGUAAUUUGGGUAUUUGUUGAAAAUGAUAUCAAAAUAUAAAUGACCAGUAAGCUAAAUUUGGAAGG